AUGUUUGCACAGAAGCUUGUGAAUCGUGGCGAAGAAAAGAACUACAUGUACUUCGCCGAGAGGAAUAACGUUAGUAGUGUCAAGGAGUGCGCGAAGGCAUGUUGGGGAGCGAAGUUCUGCAAAUCCGCCACUUACCUUCCCAAGAACAAAGUCUGCAGACUCGGUUACGCUCAAGUUGCGCGUUGCUCUGACAAGGAACUUGUCGAAGACUGCUCGCCGACCGACGCCUUGUCAGUUCUUUGUAUCACCUGUGCUGCCGGAGGUCAUGAAACUGUUAUGGAGGAUGCAACGAGCCCAAAAACGACUGAAAAACUAACUACUGCCGUUGUGUACGCGGAUUUACAGGUCGUCGAUUCAUGCUUCAAGGCACAUCCAUACAAAGUGCUGAUUAACGCUGCGAUGGAUGUGUUUCAAGGCCAUUCGAUCAAAGAGUGUUUGUGCUUCUGUGCUCAAACCUGGAACGCGAAAAUCGACAGCCGUAGCUUGAUCAGCAGUCGCAACAUGACCGAAAUCGUGUACGAGUUCGUGUGCGCCGAGCGACCUCGACAGGCCGAGGACUACACGCAGACACUGUGCAGAAACUCCGACUACUCCACGGCGCAGAGACCUCCUUGCCUCGAGAAACUGGCCGGCUACGUGCUGAACAAUGCCGCUGCCGCUCUCAUACACGGCGUCUCUGAAGACGAGUGCCGCUGCCACUGCUACCAGAGCAAAGGGCGUGACAACUACGGUUUCGACUGCAAAUCCGCAAUGUACUAUGCCAAUGAGCGUGACUGUGUGCUGAACAUCAAAGACAGGUUUUUGCAACCGAAUCUGCUGUCUUUUGUCGGCAACUUUUCUGUGGUCAGCUACCUGGGUCUGACCUGCUCAGAACAUACCGACCAGUGUUUUGUCGAGCAGCCGCACCACGUUCUUAGCGGCCUGACAGCGGCAGUCGAAUCGCAGAAAACAGUCGACGAAUGCAAAUGUCUGUGCGCAGAGAGUAUGGCUCUGUACGACUUUGCCUGCAUGUCUAGUCAGUACGACUGGAAUACAAAGGUUUGCCUCUUGAACAACGCCAAUCGCAUUCUCAACCCGAAACGCUUCUACGAGGUCACAAUUCCUGAAGUGACCGUCAGCUACUUCGACUUUAUAUGCACAGAAGACAAGGCAAGAGCUUAUAUAUCUACAAAGUGCAAGAAGCUUCGUUAUUCCUCAAACAACCAGUUCCGAAACCCGAAGUUGGUACUGCCAGAAGGUACGUUGAAAUAG